ACUCCACUUUAUACUGACCGGAACCUCCUACGCAGGCUGACCUCUUGAAAUACUCCAUCCUCACUUCACCCCCUCGAUAACGAGCAGCUCAUCCUCUUAUCCAACCCGUCCAAUACAUAUCCUCAAGGCCUUCGUCCCCUCGACGACAGCCCCUCAAACAUGACGACAAUGGAUCUCCGUGUCGGAAACAAAUACCGAAUCGGUCGUAAGAUUGGUAGUGGUUCUUUUGGUGACAUCUACCUCGGCACCAACAUUAUCUCUGGCGAGGAAAUUGCCAUCAAGCUUGAGUCUGUCAAGGCCAAGCAUCCACAACUCGAGUAUGAGGCCCGUGUAUACAAGUCCCUUGCUGGUGGUGUCGGAAUUCCCUUCGUACGCUGGUUCGGUACUGAGUGUGACUACAACGCCAUGGUGCUCGAUCUCCUCGGCCCCAGUUUGGAAGACCUGUUCAACUUUUGCAACCGUAAAUUCUCCUUGAAGACCGUCCUGUUACUCGCCGACCAGCUCAUCUCGCGUAUCGAAUACAUCCACGCCAAGUCCUUCAUCCACCGUGAUAUCAAACCGGACAAUUUCCUCAUGGGCAUUGGGAAACGGGGCAACCAGGUCAACGUGAUCGACUUUGGUCUUGCCAAGAAGUACAGAGAUCCAAAGACUCACUUCCACAUCCCCUACAGAGAGAACAAGAACCUGACUGGAACUGCCCGUUAUGCCAGUAUCAACACCCAUUUGGGCGUCGAACAAUCCCGUCGUGACGAUAUGGAAUCCCUCGGAUAUGUGAUGCUCUACUUCUGCCGUGGAUCCCUUCCGUGGCAAGGACUCAAGGCUGCCACGAAGAAGCAAAAGUACGACCGUAUCAUGGAGAAGAAGAUGACCACUCCUACCGAAGUUCUCUGCCGUGGAUUCCCCAACGAGUUUGCCAUCUACCUCAACUACACGCGUUCCCUUCGCUUCGACGACAAGCCCGACUACUCAUACCUCCGUAAGAUCUUCCGUGACCUCUUCGUCCGUGAAGGAUUCCAGUACGACUACGUCUUUGACUGGACCGUAUACAAGUACCAGAAGAAUGCCCAGGCCAUUGCUCAGGCUGCCGGGAACCAGGGCCAAGCCGACGAUGAUGACAAGGGGCGUGCCCGUCACGUCACUGGAACUGGUGCUGCCACCGGAGCCCCAACACCGGCUGCUGGUGCUGUCAACGACAAACGCCGUGGUCCCGUGAAUGCCCGCGAAGGGGGUACUGGAAUGUGAGUGCGAUUUAUUGGUCCCUGUAAGAUCCUCCUCUCCUCUGCGUUUAGUGCUCGAUGAUGACGCUUGGCGCGGGGGGAGUGCCGUGGACAGAGUUGCUAAUUUCCUGUUU